AUGUCGAAACCCCCGCUCUCACCGUGUUCGGGUUUUCUUCGCGAGCAAUGGACAGAGCUCCCGGUCUCCACUGCAGACGUCAGCGACCAGUCGCUGGUCGUGGUCGGUACUAAUGUCGGGCUUGGAAACGAAGCUGCUGUGCAUUUAGCUCAGCUGAAACCUAAGAACCUGUUGAUCACCAGCAGAAACGAGGUCAAGUGCGAACUAUCAAAAACAGACGUGGAGACUCGGUCUGGCAUGACUGGUAUCGAAUCCUGGCCUCUUGAGCUAAGCUCAUUCGAUUCAGUGCGUUCUUUCGUGGACAAUUUUGAAGCGAAGGGAUACACAGUCAAUGUUCUUAUCGCCAACGGUGGCCUAUCGACGAUGAAGUACGCGAAAACAUCGGAUGGUUACGAAACUACAUUUCAAGUGAAUUAUCUGUCGACCGCUCUGUUAAGCAUAUUGAUGCUGCCUCACCUCAUCAAGACGGGGACUCCUGAACAUGCCUCUAGACUAGUUAUUGUGUCUAGCGUGGUUCACUAUAUGGCCGACAGACUAAAAGGAGCAGACAAAUGGUCUAGUAUCAUCGAAAUAAUCAAUGAUGAGGCAUAUUGUACCUCUAGGCAAGUUUCAUCGCUCCUCGAAGUGAUGUUCAUCCGUGAGCUGUCUUCUCGACUUCCCACUCCAACCCUGGUCGCUGUUUCGGCGGUCAAUCCCGGUUUUUGUCACUCUCGUCUUACGCGAGAAGUCGAUUCGAAUCCUUUCCUCAAGUUUUCCAUGAGCAUUUUGAAAAGGCUACUGGCACGCACGACUGAGAUGGGCAGUCGGACACUUGUCCAUGCGGCAAUCGAGCCAGGUGAGAGGGAACGGCAUGGUCACUACCUGUCGAGCUGCAAAGUCACCGAAGAGAGCGAUUAUACUCUCAGCGCGGAAGGAAGGGAGGUUUCGAAUCGUUUGUGGCAUGAGACCCUCAAAAUCCUUGGAGACAUCGAUCCAAGAGUUAAUACAAUUGUGUCCGAACACCUCACCCAGGACAUUGCAUAAAUUGACU